UCCAACCAUGGAGUACAAACAUAUUUCGCUUUGUCUGCUUCUGCAUUUACUCCAUUUUACAGCUUAUGGCGUGGACAUAGGAAAGGACUCUUCAAACACUCAGCUUAACGUCAAGGAACCCUAUGGGCCACAGAAUCUGACCAUUUCUGGACCAAAUGCAGUGACUGUUGGAGUCCCAUGUAGCUAUAUAUGCCUUGCUGAAUGCUCACCUAACUGCAAUUACACAAUUGGUCUGGAUAACCAGGCUGGAGAGGGCAAUGAGAUACUUCUCACCUUAAGUCAGUGGGUGAAAUCCAAAAUAGUGACCUGCACUGCAACAAACCCGGUCACAGGAAUCUCUGCCAUAACGAGGAAAACCCUGCACAUUUUGGAGGGCCCAAAGGACGUCUUUAUCACAGGACCUAAAACUCUGACACCGGGUAAAACUCAACGUUUUCUGUGCAGUGCGACCUGUAAGCCUUCCUGCAUUUACUCCUGGAUUAUUGAUGGAGAAUCAGGUUCUGGCUAUGGGGAUGAGGUAGCAUUUACGGCACCUUUCGGGACCACUUUGGGAACCAUCACCUGCAAGGCUACAAACAUUAUGUCUGGAUUGUAUGUAACAGCGACCCGGAAACUAGACGCAACCCGAAGCACAUUUUCCUCAGCAGUAAGAGUGGAUUUGCUGCCAGCACUGCUGUUUGCAAGUGUUAUACAGUCUGGUAUAAUGACUACACUAUGA